GGCGGCCUUCUCCAACGAUCCAACAACAACUUAUACUCUUCACCCCGCUCACCACGUCAGUCAUGGUCUACAUUGACCAAACUGGCGCAUUCCACAAGCUCGUCGCCCAAAACUCAAAGUCGGCCAACAGUUCUCCCGGCUCCUCUCGUCCCCACAGCAGGGCCAGCUCACGGCACCGCCAACAACGGACCGAGGAAGAUGACGGGUUCCUCAACGAGGCGUACCAGAUCUACGGCCACCUCUCCGAUCUAGGCCGCUUGUUGAAGACAGUCCGGAAGCCAUACCUCUCGACAGCAGAACCCCCACCUAUCUCGCGACGAGGACGGACGGCCGCCGCCAACGGCGACGACGAUGAGCUUCGGCGUUUCGAAAACUCCAAGUAUCUGUCCGAGCGAGAGCGCGACGAGAUCGAAGUGCGGGCCAAGAUGAUUCUGCGACGAUGUCGUGAACGUGUCACGAUGCUUGAAGAGGCCGAGAAGCGCCGCAAGGACAAGGUCGCACCGCCCCAACCUAUGAUCUUCAACUGGUUGCCAUCACUUGCGCCGCUGAAGGAGGACAGCGCCGAGCCUCUCAUAGCCGCGCAUCGGGGCACAAUCAUCUGGACGCUGAACGACAUGCUGGCCAAGCUCUCCGCGACACAAACCGGUAUGCAGGAGGAACGUGCGAAGCGGCGAGAUGAGCGCAAUCGUACACUCGGAGGCGGGGCAGCGCGCGAAGCUGCGCAGCUGCAGGUCGCGGCUGAGCGCUCGGGUAAUGGCAUCAUGCCCAUACCAGCUGCCGCACUCAACAUCACCCCCGCCGAUGAGCCAGCGAUCGAGGAGCAGCUGUCUGCGCACCAGCUUCAGCAGUUUGAAUCGGAGAACAAUGCCCUGCUGGAGCACAUGGAGAGCCAGCUGUCGUCGGUCCUUGCCGCCGAGAAGAGCUUGCUCGAGAUCAGCGCGAUGCAGACCGAGCUCGUGCGCCACCUCGUCCAGCAGACCGAGAUCAUCGACCGUCUAUACGAUGAGGCCGUCGGAAGCGUUUCCGAGAUGGGCAAGGCCAACAAGCAGCUCAAGAGAGCCAAGGAGCGCAGCGGCGAGGCACGCCUCAUGCUGCUCGUCUUCCUCAUCGGAGCGACAUUCUCCCUCCUCUUCCUCAACUGGUACUCAUAGGGCUCACGGCUCAGCAAACAGCGAUACAUACAUCCUCAUACAUUGCGGGUUCUUGCGCACCCGCUAGGGGGGCUAGUGCUGUAUGAUACAGUGUUCAUGAUCUUGAGUCUAUUUCUGUCUAAAGGGCUUGUAGGAGGACGUAGGAUGUUUGCAAGUUCGUCGACUACACCUGCUGCCGAGGAACAAGCUCCUCAUCAACCUCCUCGUCGCUAAAGUCGCCCAAGAGAGCUGUGCUCUCGAAAGCCUCAGCGGCAAGCUCACCCUCGUCUGGGUGGCCUUCGUGCUCCAUUCUGCGCAUUUGACGCAG